GCGUAUGGUGCGCCUUUUUAGAACUUGAUUAAAAUAAAAAAAAAAAUGUUUUAUUUUUGUUUUUUGUUUUUUGUUUUUGGAGCAUGGUACUGUUUAGAAUACAAGUGUAGUAAUGCACAGUACAUCAAGUCAUUUGAUACUCAUCAAUCGGUUCUGUUAAAUCUCCAUUAUCACAACUGACAUGUCGCUGGCCCAAUUUUAUCCCUCUUGUCUCCUCACCACCGCUUCAUUGCCACUGCCGUGUCUGUUUUUGCUUUUCUUCAACCAUUUUGAUCAUGACUACACUCCACACUCUCUCAAUCUCAGUGGGUUGGAUUUGUUUUCAGUAAAAAUUAUUCACACUGACACCACCCCUUUACUGCCUUCAACCUGCUCGAUGAAAUGCCGCAACCAACGUCUAACUUGGAUCACUUUAUAGCCAUGCAAAAAAAGUGGUAGUGAUCGUUAAUACCAACUGGGUUCUUCUAAUUUGAGCUGGUUUCACUUAGAUGGCAUUUUUGUUGGGGGUUUACGUAUUGUUCCAUUCUGUUGGUCUCAUUUCGUGCUUUAGAGUUGACCAAAAUAUGGACCAAAAAACCUCGCUUCAUAGGAAAAGAUUGGUUGUUGUCAACAAUGAAGCUGAAAUUUUUGUAAAAGGAAAUGAAGAAGAAGAGAAUCUUCUCUAUGAUAAAAAGUCAGCUUUAGAAGAAACUGUGAAAAACCUCCAUGAACAGGUAGCUUGUCUUGUGUGUGAGUGUAAUGCAAAAGACGAACUCAUGGCUGAACAUUUGAAAACAGCACAAGAAGCCAUAGCAGGGAGGGAAAAGGCAGAAGCAGAAGUGGCUAAAUGGAAACAAGAACUAGAAGACACAUUACAACAUAAUGUAGCUGCAUAUGAGAGAUUAGUUCACUUAAAUGCUUCAUUAAAGAAUUGCAAGGAGCAAUUGAGCUGUAUAAAACUAGAGCAAGAUCAAAGAGUAAUCCUUGAGAGGGCACUUAAGAGAUUAGAAUCAAAAUACACAGAAACAAGGAAAAAACUAGCAGACUUAACCCUUGAAAAUGCUUUGCUUAAUAAAGCCCUUGUUAAAAAAGAGGAAAUAAUCAAAGAUGUAAGUCACCAUAUUUCCGAAGCAACUUCAGAGUAUCUUGUUCUCAAGAAAGAUCUCAAGAUGAGAACUUUAAAUGCUGACGUGGCAAAACAAGAAACUGCAAGUCUAGAAGCCGAACGCCAGAGGCUUCGUUUGUUAGUGAAGAAGCGGGGCCCAGGACAUGGAAAGACAAAACAAGUGGAUAAAAGUUUGAGUUUGAUGAUAAAGAAGUUGAGUGAAGUGGAAGAAGAAAACAGGAUUCUUAAAGAAAGUGUAUGUGAGAGAGAGAAUGAAAUCAGGAUUUUGAAAGGAGAAGUUGGAAGGAAUCCAGAAGGAAAGAUUUUGGAAUUGGAAAACAAAAUUGUGUCUUUGGAAAUGGAAGUUGAAAGGGUGAAUGAGUUGAAGAGAAGAAAUGAGGAGCAGUUUGAGAAUGUGAAAUUAAUGAAUGUUGAUCUUGAUCAUCAACUUUCCGAUGCUAAAUUUAAAUUAAAAGAAGCUCUUCGGAGGGUAUUUGUUUUAGAAAUGGAGUUGGAGGAUAGAAAUCAACAAUAUGAAGGUUUAGAAACAGCAUUACUUGAGCUACAACUUCAACUCGCGAGUGUUUCCAUCAAUAAAGAGAUAAAAGAAGAUCUUGAGCAAGAAAUGAAGCUUCUUCAUACUGGAUCAGAGAUUACAAGAGAGUUGAGUCAGCAUUCAUCUUUAAGGGAUCAUAUGGCAGCAGAGGAUGGUUUUCAAAGGGAAGAUGUUUUAAGAUCUCCCAUGAUCAAAGACUUUAUAAGUGCAACGGAAACAAAAGAUGCAUAUGUUCCAUAUUGCAAUACUUACAGUAGCUCAUUUGGAGUGAAAAGUGUGGUACCUCAAGCUUUGCUAGUUGUACCAUGGAAGAAGCAAUUUAAAGGUACCGAGUUGCUUAGGAAGCUUCUAUUUAGAAAGAAGAGGGGAGGCAACAGGAAGAAGCUUUGUGCGUUUGCUACGUAUCAUGUUUAGUGAUAAACAAUGAUGUUUAAGGUUAGGAUUAAUGUGAAUAAUUGAUGUUACAAAUGAUAUUUUUAUGCAUCAUUUCACCUCAAAAGAAAAAAAAAAAAGUUCAGCCA